AUGUCCAACUACGACGACGACUUCGAAGACCGCGGUGCCCGUCGCGCUCACGGUGGCCCAUACACAGCCAAACACCCUGUCCCAACCGUCAAGGGUUACCGCGAACAUCGAGCUGAGAUCAAAGAAAAGGAAGGACUGGAUAACACCGCCCAGCCCCAGCUCGAUGCCGACGGAAACGAACCCCCAUCCAAGACUAGACGAGCGUACGAUGCUGUCAAGGCGAUUUCCAGAGACGAGGACCAACAAGGAAAUCAAGAGGGGAAUCCAUAUCCGACUACGAACAGGAACUAUCCCGAUGCCCAGGUGGAGGAUCCAGGUACACAACAACAGGGUAAAUAUGGUGGACAGCCUGGUGACAAUGAAGACGGCAACACACAGCAGGGCAAUGGACAUACAACCGAAACUGUCGCCUCCACCGUCAACCCCAAAGAAAAGCGCAAGGCUAUGAAGAAGCAACAACCCAAAGGCCGUGGCCGCGAAGUAACCGAUCCAGUAACCCACUUGCCCAUUAUGAUCCACGACAUGACAGACAAGAACCUCGGUUCAGCCCCCGAAAACUACCCAGCGGUCGGAUCGAACCAUAGGACCUUCACGGGCCCAGAAGCGGCGAAUAAGAGCGACGAUCACCUACAAGAGGAGACGGUCGAGGUUGGAGAAGCGCAUCAAGGCAUGCACAAGCUCUUUCCCCCGCCAAAUUUCGAGGAGACAAAGGAGCAGAUGAUGAAGACUUACCGACAGGCUUUGACUGCUGGACUAACGGGAAUUAGUGUUGUCGGUAUACUUGGGCUGGGUAUCAUUUCGCUCUUGGGCUUUGGGUCUGGGUCUAGGACGAGGACAAUGGAGUCAGAUGGGUGGUACAGUUCCGGCCAACAGGCCAAAACAUCGGCGUGGGGCUACCUUUCCCUUCUCAUUUUCCUCGGUAUCAGCGGAGCAGGUGCCUACGCCCUCAUCCAGGGUGUAUCUAGCUGGCUUGAAAAGCGCGUCUCCUCCAUCUUCGAAGAAGAAACCUGGGCUGCCGACCGUCAUGAGGAAAAGGAGGUCAACAAGAACGGCGCCCCCUUGCCCGAGUCAGCAGCUUGGUUGAACGGCUUGUUGGCUUCCGUCUGGCCUUUGAUUAACCCCGACCUGUUUGCUUCCAUCGCCGACAUGCUGGAGGAUGUCAUGCAAGCUUCUCUGCCCAAGCUUGUCCGCAUGGUAAGCGUGGAUGAUAUUGGUCAGGGAAGCGAGGCCUUCAGAGUGUUGGGUGUCAAGUGGUUACCCACAGGAGCCGCAGGAAAAUCGGUUGAUGACCAGGGAAGGUUGAAGGAUUCCGGAGAAAAAAACGAUCGGCAGGUUAAAGGGGAAGGAGAAGUUCAAGGUGGAGGAGGUGAUGUCGAUGCAGCAGAGGAGGGAAUGGAAGCUGAAGAAGGCGACUUCGUCAACAUGGAGUUGGCGUUUGCUUACAGACCCAGGUCGUCGGGGAAGUCCAUCACCAGCAAGGCCAAGAAUGCCCAUCUUUACCUCAAGUUCUACUUGCCUGGUGGUCUGGCAGUUCCGGUCUGGGUGGAACUGAAGGGUAUCGUUGGCAUUAUGCGUCUUCGACUACAGUUGACGCCUGAUCCGCCCUUCUUCGAGCUCUGUACCCUGACCUUCCUCGGCCAGCCGCGAGUCAACCUUUCUUGCGUCCCUUUGUCGAAGCAUCUCCCCAACCUGAUGGACAUCCCGCUUAUCUCGUCUUUUGUCCAGUCUGCUGUCGAUGCUGCUCUGGCUGAGUAUGUGGCCCCCAAGUCGCUUACCCUUGACCUCAAGGACAUGCUCGUCGGCGAUGACUUCAAGAAAGAUACCAUUACUCGUGGUGUUAUGGCUAUCUACAUCAAGAAAGCCCGCGGUUUUAAGUGCGGUGAUGGCGGAUUCGGACCUAUUGAGGGAUCCUCAGACUCGUACGUGACCGUGUCAUGGGGUAAGGUCGGCAAGCCCCUGUUUUCCACACGCAUCAUCAUCGACGAGCAAGAGCCCAACUGGAAUGAGUGGGCUUACAUCUUGGUUUCUCCCGACGAGCUCAACGCCCAAGAGAACCUGCGCAUCCAGAUCUGGGAUUCGGACAAGCACACUGCCGAUGAUGACCUGGGACGUGUCGAGGUUUCUCUCAAGGAGUUGAUGCACAACGAGGAAACAAAGAACAAGAUGCACGACCGCGAGGACCGCCUGAUGGCUUCGGAUCCCGACGAGACCAUGCCCGGCACCAUUUCUUGGGCAGUCGGCUACUUCGCCAAGGCACACAUCCAGCAGAGCCAGCUCGACAAGCAGACGUUCGACUCGUCCAUCCGUUCACUGGACCAACUUAAGCAGGAAGUCCACGAAACUACCGAGUCCAAGCUGCGCGAAGCUUCACUGUCAAAGGACAUGUCUGAGGAGAAAAACCAGCAGGAAGCCCAAGACUUUAAGGCCAAGGAAGACCAAAUGAUCAUCUCCUCUCCACCUCCGCCAUCCAUGCCGUCCGGUAUUUUGAGCAUUCAAAUCCACAACAUCACCGGCCUGGAAAUUACUCCGUUGAAUGAAGACCGCAACCGCUCCACCGGCGCUGACGAAGUCAAGGAAGAUGCUGCGGAGCAGUCCGAUGCUUUGCCCGAUUCGUACUGCACUAUCAUCCUCAACCAGCGCAAGAUCUACCGUACCAGAACCAAGCCCAAGAAUGCCAAGCCCUUCUUCAAUGCUGGCACCGAAAGGUUUGUCAAGGAUUGGACCACGUGUGAGGUUAUCAUCUCUGUGAGGGAUAGCAGAGAGGGUGAGGAGGAUCCGCUUUUGGGGGUGGUUUACCUACCUCUCAGAAGGGUGUUUGAAAAGAGGAGUCAGGUUAUGGGGACUUUCCCGUUGUCAGGAGGGAUUGGCAACGGUAGGGUGAGGGUGAGUUUGGUUUGGAGAGGGGUUGAAAUGGGGGAUUCGGUCAUGGGACGGGAGUUGAGAGGGUGGGAGAUGGGGACUGUGGAGGUGAAGGGGGGUGUUAAGUGGGUUGGUGGUGGUGGUGUUGGAGACGACACCGAAGGGAGAAGGGGAGAGCUGGAACGACUGAAUGGGUCCAAGCUAAAGUUGAAGACCAAGAUUGGCAAAGGGAAGAUGAAUCCCCUGGAGGGAGAAGAUGGUAUUUGGAUCCCCAAGAGACAUCACGCCGGUGGUCAUGGUAAACAAGUCAGCCAGCAGAAACAACCCUGCAAUGGAAUCAGCGAGGAUAGUAUCUUCUUGGGAGUCGUCAAGCGGUAUCAGAGCAUGUUGUUGCUGCAGUUCAAGGACAAGCACAGUCUCAUGCCGGACUCCAACCCCGCGCUGGCCGUUCUCUGGCUUUCUUCCAUUCCGGAUGAGGAGGAUGUCACGCUCAAGGUCCCCGUCUGGAAGGGAGGCAAGAAGCAGCUUAAGAGAGCUAGGAGCUGCGCUGACUACAACGGGCUGGAAGAAGGGGAGAAGCCAAUUGGGGAGGUCGAGUUUACCGUCCGUUUCUGGAGGGGAUUGUCCGGAUAUCACAGGAAGUACGCGGGCAAGCCUCGGAACAGCGACGUCAAGGGUGUGAUGGAGGUGUUGGAUACCGUCUGUGACGAGAAGAUGGAUGAGGACGACGAUGACGGUACCUGGGGAUCAUCGGAUUCAGAUACUGACACCAGCGACUCCGAUUCUGACUCUGACAGCGACUCCAGCUUGUCUGACGACGAGUACAACGCCCGCCACGACAUCCACUCCCCUCAACAUCGCGAUACCCCCCAAGAAGCAGCAACCCGCAAAGCCCUCCGCAAACACGGCAACAACAACACCACCUCUUCCUCAUCGUCAUCAUCGUCCGACAACGAAGAAGACAUAGAUCUGCCCGAUACAUCCAACGACUACUCCAACCCCGUUUCGAAAGUCGCGCACAAAACCAAGCGCAAGCUGUCGGCCAAACUCGACGGGGACAAGAUUGGCUCUGACCAGGAUGAUGGCAAGAGAGGUGUUAUUGCGCAGGUGCAGGAUUAUAAGCGACAUCGCAAGGAACUGCAUAGACGACAUCGCGGGGUGAUGCAGUGGAAGGCGGCCAGGACGCUGGAUUGGUUGGGGGGACAGGUUAAGAAGGGGAAGGGGAAAGUGAAGGAGUGGGGCGAGCAUGGGGAUAAGUCGGCGGGGAUUGAGACGGAGGUGUGA